GGACCCUAGUUUGUCUUAACAAUAUUUCGUUCAUAAUAUAAUUAAUUGUGUUUUACACGCAUUGUUGCAGUUUUUGAAGAAAAUUUCUCAACUCGACAUCUUCUCGGCUUAGUUGAAAAUGGAAAGAACUGCACUCCAGCCGCAAUCUUAGAAUUUCCACCAGAUGGAUUGACUCAUAAACAACGACUUAGUGUAUGUAAAUUAAACGUAUCUAUUAAUUUAUUAUUAUUGUCUACAUACAAGGUUAAUAUUGAUGACACUGUUAAUAAUCGUAUUAUUACGAGAAUAACAUUUAAUACAUAAAACUUUUUAUCUUUUUCCACAACUUAAACUUAUUAAAUUACAAUAUAGAGGUUUUCUUUCAUAAAGUUGUUCAUAUGUGUAUAAUAAAAGUCAAUGGGCCGAACUUAUCGAAGUAUUUGUAGAAAAAUAAUUAAUUUCCUAUAAUUAUUUUUAUUCAUUUAUUUCUUUUCAGGGAUUUAUUAUUAUUCAUUGCAUCUUAGCCAUUUACUGUUUUCUUCUGCUGAGUACAGUAUGUGAGCAGUACUUCGUACCAGCAAUCGAUAUGAUGUGUGAACGAUUCGAAAUGCCGUCGGAUAUAGCAGGCGCCACGUUUAUGGCGGCUGCGAGCUCGAGUCCAGAGCUGUUCAUCAACUGCGUCGGUACAUUUGUGACGGAAGGUGAUCUGGGCGUCGGCGCUAUCGUCGGCUCUGCCGUGUUCAACGUUCUGGCAGUGCCGGCCUGCUGCGCACUCUUCGCUGGCAGAGUAAUCGAAUUAGACUGGUGGUCAGUGUCGCGGGAUUGUUUGAUGUAUGCUGUGACAGUGGUAGCUUUGAUACUGACCCUACUCGAUGAUAUGAUCCAAUGGUAUGAAGCUCUGCUGCUGGUACUAAUGUAUACCUUUUAUAUACUGGCAAUGGUGUUCAAUAAACGGCUGGGAAAAUUUGUUCGAAGCAGUUGCUGUGUUCCUAGCAAACCUAAAAUGUACACUGAAGUCACGCCUCUGCUUAUAAAAGAAAAACACCACCCUUUAGAUCCUUCACACCGUAUGACACCCAAAGACUUGGAACAAGGAAUAGAAAUUACAAGAAGACAUGAUUCCGAGGGAUCGGACGUUAGCAGCGUAAGCUCACUAUGGUCAUGGCCGGACGAGAAGACUUCAGCUUUGAAGAAACUACUAUGGCUGGUAACUUGGCCUAUCGGUCUGCUGCUGUGGGUAACUGUGCCUGACUGCCGCCGCAAUCCCCGCUUCUACCCUCUUACUUUCAUCAUGUGCGUCUCCUGGAUUGGAGGUGUAUCGUACCUUGUGGCUUGGAUCAUUACAAUUUUGGGUGAUACAUUGGACGUCCCUGACAGCAUCACGGGUCUGACGAUUCUCGCUGCUGGCACCAGUCUUCCUGAAGCCGUCUCCAGCGUUUUGGUGACUAAACACGGACAUGGUACUAUGGGUAUCAGUAACUCCAUAGGAUCUAACACUUUUGACAUCUUACUAUGUCUGGGGUUACCCUGGCUCGUGAAGGCACUGUUCUAUCCCAGCACGCCCGGUAGUCAUUUUGUAUUGAUCAACUCUAGUGGACUCUCAUAUAGUGCUAUAUCACUAUUGACCACACUGUUCACAUUAUACGGCUCUCUGGCACUCAACAAGUUCCAACUGGAUUGGAAGAUUGGUGUCACAUGCAUAGUGGUGUAUAUUGGCUACUUAAUAUUUGCGUCUCUAAUAGAAUUAAAUGUAUUCUUCUUGGUUAACCUGCCUAUAUGUCCUCAUUGAAAAAAAAAAAGUUAUAUUCAUAAACUUUUAUAGAGUAAAUGUGUCAAAAAACAACAGUAAUCAUUUCAUAAGAUAGAUAGAUAUACCAUUGAUAUACCAAGUUUCACAAACGUCCAAUAAGGUUUAAUACGACUAAGCUCUA